GAGACUGUUGCGUUGAUGUAUUAAAAGUGACGAAAAUUCGCGUGCGAUUUCGGUUUAAAUUCGUGUCGUAUGUACAAGAAUUUCAAUUAAUUUGUCAUUCGAAGAAUAUAAGUUACACGCGUCAUUGGUAUAGAUAUUAGUGUCCUUGUCCCUCUGGCUAGGGUACGUACGAUUAAUAAAUUAAGUCGUACAGCAGUGGGAGGUACUAUCCUCUUGUCACUCAAAUACUUAUUUCCUGCAUCGCGCAGCUCAACAUCGCAACCACAUUCGACCGAUUUAAAGACUGGAAUACCACGGGCACCUACCGAUUCAAGAACGUUAAAACCGCACGGAAGAAAAGUCUUCGAGUGAAACUUGACAGAAGUAUUUCUUUAACAUAUUCGUGAGAAAUCGAAAUCGACUGGCUUUACUUGUUUGACGGAGUGAUGGACGAGAAAGGAGAUUCGCGUCUUACGUUGGAAACUGUACGGGAAUUGAUAACGAAAGACGAAUCGAAUGUGAAGAUUAACAGUUUAGAGGAAGAACCUGGCUCGGGACGAGGUGACAAUUACACGUCGAUGCUCUACCGUAUACGUGCAAAAGGACAAAAACAUAGUGAGACAACAGGUGAAUGGAUCAAUUACGAACGCGCGAUUAUUUACAAAGUAUUACCCCAAUCGAGGGAACAUCGAGAGGCAUUUAAGAGCGAACUACUAUUUCGAAACGAGGUUGCAUUUUACACGUAUGCGUGGCCCACGUUGAAUAAGUUGCAAACAACCGAUGGAAAUGUAUUUAACGGAGUCGCCAAAAUAUACGCAGCGCGGAUUGAUCUUAUCGCCAUGGAGGAUUUACGAGAAAGAGGCUUUAAAAUGGCUGAUAGGAGAAAGGGACUUGAGAUUGAUCAUUUGAAACGAGCUUUGAAAGCUUUGGCUGGUUUUCACGCGCUCAGUUUAACGCUACGAGAAACAAGGCCGGAAGAGUUUGCAAGAUUAACGGACCCAGACGGAAAUCACGGAAUACGGGAGGUACUUUUUCGCACGGAAAACGAAGAUUGGUACCGGCAGUAUUAUCAAGAAGCUGCGAAGAGCGCUAUUGAAAUGGUGUCCGAAGGCCUCUCUACUCAUAUGGAACCCAAACGGACGGAAAUAAUGGGAAAAUUGCGAGCAUUCCUCGAGGACGAUGUAUUUUUUCGUACCAUGAGCGAAGUCGCUGCCGUACGAGGACCCCUCACAGUGAUUUGUCAUGGUGAUUGUUGGACCAAUAAUAUUCUCUUCAAAGACGAACACACAUUGCAGUUCCAGGACGUGUGUCUGGUUGAUUUUCAACUAACCCGAGUCGGUUCGCUCGCUCUUGACCUCGUGAACUUUCUAUACUGCUGUACGAGCGGAGAAAUUAGACGGACACACAUGACACAGCUUCUUCAACAUUAUCAUUUCCAUCUGAUGUCUUCGUUACACAGACUUAAUCCAGAACAGCCAGCGAAAGAUCCGUCAGUUAUGUGGGAACUAUUAAACGAGGAAAUGCGACGAUGCGGACGUUUCGGAAUAGGUCUCGCAUUGGACAUCUUACCGAUCAGCACGUGCGAAAGCGAGGAAGCACCAGAUAUGUAUGAGAAACCAGAAACAGGCAAAGAGAAGCAAAAAACUCGAGCACCACCGCGUGGAGGAGCAGAAUGUGCGCGACUCAUGACUGACUUAGUUUUGGAACUCGUACAGAAUCACGCUUUAUAAUUCAGGCUUGAACGAAUCUUUGCGACUAAACAGAAUAUAUGUUUUUCUUACGAUUCAAAAUGAAAUAAAGCAAUGAUAAUAUGACAUAACGUUAUGCGUAGGAAUUUAAAAGAAUCGUGAAUUUCAUUAAACAUUGUUUGUUGUAUACGUGCGCGCGUGGCUAUCCUUUCUAUGCAUAUGGUCUCUGAAGUGUAUAAACAACAGCCAGGAAAGAUGAUACGUCAACAUCAAUAACUCCCAGAAAUAUUUUCAUCCGAAUUCUCACCGGACUGCGUUUAGUAAUCGUGUCGUAAAUUUUGGAAUUUAUU